AUGCCAAAACAGGCUUGGAAAUCAGAUACUUGCAUCACCUGCCGCAGGAGAAAGGUCAAGUGUGAUGGCCUCCGGCCACGAUGUGGGAAAUGUACCAAGCACGGCGUGUCCUGCGAUGGAUACCAGGGGGACUACGGCCAAUUAACGCGCUCGGCAUCGUCAGCCCAGAGCCAGAAGCUACUGGACUAUGUGAAAACCACGCGGAUGCUGCAAACCGCCCUCGCCAUCUCCUCGCCCCAUGCCGGGAAACAGUAUCACUGCCAGCUGCUCGCCAGAUUCAUGACCCUCUACAUGCCAAACGAGCUGAUCCCAGCGCAUGUAGCCCAGCAGACGGCCUGUCUGUGGUACAAGGAUCUGCCCGACUCGCUGGGUCGCUCUGAUUUGUAUGACCAGGCUCUUGUUGCGCUUAGCAUGCUCAUCAUCGGCCAGUCGGAGGGCAAUGAGCAAUUGUCCACGGAGAGUCUUAGGCGCUAUAGCGAGGUCUCGCAGAACAUGGCCAAUGACGAUAUCACUAAGAAUCUGAGUUUGAACGAUCAGCUGGGUAUUGCGAUGACCAUGACGAUCUACGAGGUCCACUAUUCAUGCGCCGGCCGCGAAGCAACAACACUCUCCAAACCCGAGUGGCUCGCCAUCUCGCACGACAGCGAUAGUUAUGACACGCUCCUCGACAUCAUCCUCCAGAUCCCGCGGCUUUCGCAACAGAUGUCCAAACAUAUCAAGCAGCGUGGCGGCGGCUUGAUCCGCGACGAUGAGACGCUGCGUCAAACAUGCCACGAGCUGCGCCGACUGGAAGCCCAGCUUCUAUACUGGUACUGGGAUCUUCAAGCCAGCCAUGACGCCGUCAUGUUCUGCCUUGACCAGUCCCUGCCAUCGGAUGCGCCCUUCGUGGCGGGGGAUACGUCGCAGAUUGUCCGCUUCGUGGACAGACCGUCCUUCGAGCUGCACAUCAUGUUUUGGAUUGGGUGUAUGUCACUAUACAUGCUUGGAGCAGAGAUUCGAUGGCCCCUCAAUGAUGAGAACCCUGGGUAUGGGCCCUUCGUCUCCAUGGAAGACAUAGCGCACCCAAACCCCGACAUCCCGCAAAUCGCACACUCAAUCAAUAAAGGCGGGAUCCGCUCCGCGAUGGAGAGCGACUACCUAGCACGCCACUUUGCAGACCGCGUUUGCCAAAGCGUUGCGAUGUGCAUGCGCACCGGAUUCCCCAUGUGCGGACUACAAGCGAUGCUCCCGCCGCUGUGGUUCGCGAGCCAGGCGUUCGAGCGGUCGGCGCGAGAAAAAGCGGAAUGGUGCCAGCUGGUGCUGGGAUGCAUUAAUGUGAGGGGUAUGAAGCUUGCCGAGGUGGUUAGAAAUAUCUCGCAGGAUCAGUUUGUGGCUAUGAGGUCGAUUAAUUAUCAGACGGCAUCUGGGUAG